GCAUACCAACCGCCAAAAACUUCUAUCAUCAAACAACAUGACCAUCAUGUACAAUAUAUAUUGCAGCACUUCGAAGCCUUGUUCUCUUUUUACGGCGAAAGAGCUGCUGAAGACAUAUUUUGUCUAUACCACGGUCAGGAGCGUGCUGCCGGCAACAGGGUCAAUAUGCUUAUUAAUGGAACCACAAAGUACAAUAAGCAAUUGAGGUUGAAGAAGAAGAAAGAUCGAAAUAAGUGGCCAAAGAAGAAUACCGACAGAAUGGCCUUUUGUAAACAAAUAUUGAUAGAACUCAUGCUUUCUACAGCAACUCCCUGA